UUGUUUUAUUUCUGAAAUCCUGUUCAUGAAAUACAAAAUAGAAGAUUUUGUUUCUCUGGUUUGUGCAUUAAAAUCAAAAUUUAAAUAACAAAUAUAGAUAACUACAACCUAAAAAACUCCUUAUCAAUGGCCAACGAAAAGGUAUCCGUAAGCUUUGCUUGCCAAAGAUGUCAAAAGCCAUUGAUUCUUGAUGGGAGUCUCGAUAGCAUCAAUGAACAUGCAAUGGCAGAAUUAUCAUUGCCAAUUUAUGCAACAAACAUCGAUGAAAUGGAUCCCAAUGAAAGUGGUUUCGAUCAUGUUGUUCCACCCUUUCGAUUGAGUGAUUCAAUUAAUGGUACUGGCUUUACGUUAGUAUCCGAUGGCAAAGAAAACAAAAAACUUAGCACUGAAUUCUUGGCCAAAGCACAGCUCUUUGAUGCUUUGUCAUCGAAUUCAGAAUUCGAUCAUCCAUUGUGUGAUGAGUGCACUGAUUCAAUGUUGGAACUAUUAGAGCGAGAACUUAAAAUCGCAGAGAAUGAAUGGCGAGAUUAUAAAAGCUAUUUAGAGAAAUUAGAAAAGACCGAAGAAAAGCCUAAUAUUCCUGAAUUGAGAAAGGAAUUCGCUGAUUUAGAAUCAAAAGAAAAACAUCUCUUGGAAGAGUUGUCCAAGUUAAAAGUUAAAGAAUCAACUUUAAAUGCCGAAAUCAAGGCAGAAGAAGCUGAAAAGGCUAAACUAGCCGAACAAGAAGUCAGUUAUUGGCGUGAAUACACAAAACACAGACGUGACUUGAUGCUAACAGAAGAUGACAAAAGAAGUUUGGAAAACCAAAUAGCCUAUGCUGAACAUCAUUUAGAAAGGUUGCAAAAUACAAAUAUCUUUAAUGUCGCCUUCCACAUCUGGCAUGCUGGACACUUUGGGACUAUUAAUAAUUUUCGAUUGGGACGAUUGCCAUCGGCUUCGGUCGAUUGGUCGGAAAUAAAUGCUGCCUGGGGUCAGACGGUGCUAUUGCUAUGUGCGCUAGCUCGCAAAAUUGGUUUGAGCUUUGAAAAGUAUCGUCUGGUUCCGUUUGGCAGUCAUUCGUAUGUUGAAGUUUUGGGUGAGGGAAGGGAAUUGCCUCUUUAUGGUACUGGUGGAUUUAAGUUCUUUUGGGAUACAAAAUUCGAUGCUGCAAUGGUUGCAUUUCUGGAAUGUUUGAUUCAAUUUCAACAAGAAGUCGAAAAACGUGAUACUGAAUUUUGUCUGCCAUAUAAAAUGGAGAAGGGAAAAAUUAUUGAUCCAUCAACUGCAAACUCAUACUCCAUCAAAAUACAAUUCAACUCCGAGGAGCAGUGGACCAAAGCUCUGAAAUUUAUGCUGACAAACUUAAAGUGGGGAUUAGCGUGGGUUUCGUCACAGUUUACAUCUCAGUGAUUACAAAAUGAUCUAUACUGGCAAUUUCAAUUAGUUCACUCUGAUUUAACAUAAUGUAUUAUAUGUUUACCUAUUUAUAAAAUAAAAAAAAUUAACCUU